AAGCAAGGCAGUUAAGGAGAUGGAUUCAAGACUUUUCGAGGCAAUUGCCAGCAAUGAUAGAGGUGCCUUCCACAAUUUAGUUCAAGACAAUGGAGGAAUUCUGGAACAACGAACUGACUAUCACUUGAACACAGUGUUGCACCUUGCCUCGAGGUUCAGACACUUUGAUUUGGCGAAGGAUAUCAUUGAGUUGCAUCCUGAAUUGGUUGAAUCUGUGAACAAGAAGCUGGAGACUCCGUUGCAUGAAGCUUGUCGACAAGGUAAAGCAGACAUGGUAAUGCUGCUCUUGGAGACUAAGCCGUGGACAGCUACUAAACUCAACUACGAAAAUGUAAGUGCAUUUUUCGUCGCUUGCAGACAGGGGCAUCUUGAUGUGGUGAAGCUCAUGAUGAAUCAGUCCUGGCUGAUGGACUUUGAAGAAGAUAGGAUUGAUCAAACUGCUCUAUAUGUUGCCACAUCAAUGGGGCACACAGAAAUUGUUCAGAACAUACUGGAGGUGCGGCCAAAUUUUGCUCGAAAGAGCAACAAGAAUGGGUAUUCUCCGUUACACUGUGCUUGUAGCAGAGGAUACUUGGAGAUAACAAGAUUGUUUUUGAGGCUUGAUCAAGACCUUGCUCUGCAAUACAGUGACAAAGGUUACACACCAUUGCACUUGGCAGCCAUGCACGGAAAAGUUCUAAUCAUUGAAGAAUUUUUGUUAAGUUCUCCUACUUCAUUCCAGGAUCUGACAAAAGAGGGAGAAACAGUGUUCCAUCUUGCAGUAAAUUUCAACCAAUAUGACACACUUGUGUCCCUGGCAAAUUUCUUCACAUCAUCUGAUCUUCUCCUUAAGAAAGAUCAAUGUGGCAACACCAUAUUGCAUCUUGCAGUCUCUAGAGGAAACUCUCAAUUAGCCAUGUACAUUGUGAAUACAACAAAAGAGCUUCUAAACUGCCGCAAUAAUAAAGGACAUACGGCACUAGAAAUUCUUGAAAUGUAUCCAGGGGAUGCAAAAAGCAAGCAGUUAAAGAAAGCCUUACAAGUAGCUGCUGAGAAAAGAAGUACAGAUUUGCUGCCUAACUUACCAGGGGUCCAACAAAUUAGUGCUCAACAACCGACACUUGAAAACUCCAAAGAUAUACUUGAGAUAAAAAACAGGAGCCUGCUUCAAUGUCUGAUUGAUAUAGGCAAUGGUCAUGAGUUGCCCUUAGACUUCAAACUUGGCUACCAGCCAGAGGUUAUGACUACACCACCAAGUUCCAGCAUGUCAACAAAAUCUAAGAAGGAUUCAGGUGAGUGUCAAAUAAUAGAAAAGUAUGAUAGUCAUGACAGUGGCCGACUGAAACCACAAAUCCAGAGGGAGAAACUGGAUAUGCUCACCACCAAGUCUCGACGCAAGCGCAUCAGCAAAUCUUGUGGUUUCUUGCCAACACCAAACAAGGAACCAAUGUCAACAAAGGAUUUACUUGAUGUUCCCUCCUUAAAAAAACCAGAUUUUCAAGAUGAUAAACCACUAGAGCCAGUGUCCUUAACAGAAGCAAAGGAUUUGUGUAAGCUGAGAGAAUUCAGGACCCCAAGUGGUAGACACAGGAGAGAAGCGAAUCAACUUUCCAAAAGUCGCCAUAAAAAACAAAGGCAAUAUGAAAUAUACAGAGAGGCUCUGCAAAAUGCUAGGAACACAAUUAUAAUGGUGGCAAUUUUGAUUGCCACUGUUACUUUUACUGCAGGCACAAACCCUCCUGGUGGAGUCUUCCAAGAGGGGCCAUUGAAAGGGAAAUCAACAGUUGGCAGAACAAUAGCUUUCAAGGUCUUUACAGUAAGCAACAACAUUGCAUUUUUCAUAUCUUUAUGCAUUGUCGUUGUUCUAGUCAGUAUCAUCCCCUUUCAAAGAAAACGAAUUAUGAAAAUGUUGGUGAUUACUCACAAGUUCGUGUGGGUGGCUGUGUCAUUCAUGGCGAUUGCUUUUAUUGCUGCAACACGGGUGACCAUGCCACAUUGUAGAGAAUCAGAAUGGAUGUUUGAGGUUCUACUGGCUGUCAAUGCAGGGACUGUAGGAAGCGUGUUUGUGUAUCUGGGACUUGCGCUGACAAAACAUUGGUUGAGGAAAUCAAAGUGGAAGAAAGAGAAAGGUAAAAAGCGAACAACUGCAACCAUCCAAGGGAAAACUCAGUUGCAACAUGACAGAACUGAUGUUGAAGGAGAAUUCUACUCAGAAUCCACCAUCUCAGAUGUUGACAGUUCCACCUCAUUAGGAUAUCAUGCAUAUUGAAAGAUUUUAAAUUCACAUAGAAUAAUGAAAAAUAUUUAUUUUUUAUUUUCAUCUGGAGAAGGUUUCAUUGUUGCCUACAAUUUAGCUACAAUUAGUGAUUUAAUGAAACACUGAAAAAGUUAUAAGUGAA